UACCAGAAACUACAUUGACAUACUUGAAUCUGACAUUUGAUUGACAGCAAAAAAUAAUGUUUUGGACGUUUUUAUAGAUUUUUUACACGAAUUAUACAAAAAAGUGCUAUGAUUAUGAUCUUAGAAGUUAAACAACUAUAAUGCCUAUAAGUUCCCCUGUAAUAAAUGCCGUAGAAACAACAGAAAAGUGAGGUUAUUUCAGGAAUAACUGUGUCACUGAUUGAUCUCCGACCUACAUGAAAAAAACAAUGCAAAUUGCGAUAAAUGAGUCUUAUUAUUAGGCCUUUAUGUUAUUCAGUCCUCAUAUGGCAGAUAUUAGCGGCCAACGCUCAGCAUAAAUCUCACUUGUACUGUUAUUAUAUGAAGGACUGUCAACAAAACAAUCCAAGGGAUGGAAUCAGUAAACUAAAGUCGAGGUUCUUGGAAGCUGCUGCAGAAGUACGUGGCGGUUCCGUAGACACAAUGACGAGUAAUUCAGGAGUCAAUGGAUUCUAUCGGCCCCGGAGCGCUCUUGCCCGGGCCAUGUAUGAAAAGCAGCACAAUGAUAGAUAUUUGCAAGAACUUGAUCAGAAUGAGUGGUACCGCGUGAACAAAGAGCGUCUGUGUCCUGACCUGAUCAAGAAGUUUGUCCAGUUGUACCCCGAUGAGGAGACCAAGGAGUUCCUAUCGGCCUCCAUCGACAAGUCCUCGUGGGUGUGGACGCAGAUCUGGUACCUGCUGGCCAAGGCUGUCCUCAGGCACUUCUGGUCCGUCACGGAUAUUAAUGGCUGGCUCGGUCGCGGUUCUAUGUUCGUGCUGUCGGAGGCUCAGGCGCGGGCUCUGCUGCGCGUCACGGGGCACGGCAUCGGCGCCGGCGCACUCGUGGACGUGGGCGCUGGCGACGGCGAGGUCAGCCGCCGCUUCGCGCACAUCUACCCGCACAACUAUGCCACUGAAAUAUCGGCCAGCAUGAGGAAGACACUCGCUGAAAAGGGAUACAAACUAUUGGACACUGAGAAGUGGCACCAUUACCGCCAGUUCGAUUGCAUAUGCAUGCUGAACCUUCUGGACCGGUGCAGCAAGCCGAAGACCAUGCUGAAGCAAGCCAGGGACGCGCUCGCGCCCGGCGGAGUCCUCAUGCUGGCUCUCGUAUUGCCGUACAAGCCUUACGUGGAAGUGACCUCAGACCACAAACCAGAAGAGCGUUUGCCAAUCGAAGGCUUAUACUUCGAAGACCAAUUGACUGCCUUCGUGAAGUUCAUGCGUGAGGAGGCUGGCUUCGAGCUCGUAUCGUGGUCGCGAGCCCCCUACCUCUGCGAAGGAGACUUCGCCCAAGCGUAUUACUGGCUCGACGAUUCCGUGUAUGUAUUCAAACCAACAGCCGUAGACCCCGCGUCUUAAACAAGAAACCUCAUGCUACAACGAUUAUUUAUUAUACUCAAUUAGCUUAAAAUUCUUAUUCCUAACUUGUAUUGUAAAAGUGAGAGUGGAUUUGUAUCUGACGCUUUCGUGAGGACACUAACGAAAGCACGGGAAAACUCGCAUUUUCUUUCACAUCAGUGGAUUUUCGCGCGUUUUUUUUACGCACCACUCAUUCCGACCACCAAAAGUCCUGUCCGACAGUUUUCGAUGUCAUCGUGUGAACCUGUCAAACAAUUGCACGAUCCGUUCGGAAAAACCAAGCCGAAAAUCCGCUAGUGCGAAAGCUUUGUUCGUAAGUUCGGAAUGCAGCAUACGAUUCUGAAAUUACUUAAACUUACCUAUAAUAAAUUUUAUACGAUUUUUUAUACUUAAUCGAACUACAGACUUUCGGGAACUUGAUCACGGUAUUAGGAUUUUUGUACAUUAAAUGUAACAUUAAUUAAUAUAUAGGCAUUCAGUAUCGUAUACUGCAUUCGCUUGCACGUACAGGUUUCGCUGUUUAACUAUACGAGGUGGUUAGUUGAUCAGACCAGCCAUCCAUUAAUAGGUACUAAUCAAGGUAUUAUACUGAUUGCUCUUUUUCUAAAGGUCUUAAAUAAUACAGCCUCUUCAAUUUCAAUUUACAGCCUCGGUAAAUUUUCAAAAGUUGGCAUUUAAUGCUAAAGCUUUCUCGAAAGGAAUAAAAAAAUAUAUCAUUAUGAUAGUUGGCUGGAGUAAGAUUAUUAUGGUGGAUCCAAAAAUAAGUGUUAGGGGACAGUCCAUAUUAGGCCUUGAAAAUCAAAUUGGCUUAAUGAGAGUAGUGUCGAAUGUUUUCCACACCCUAUUCUUUGGUUCCACCGACGUAGGGUGCAUAAGAUUACUUACAUAAUUACAUUCCUAGUGUAGAUCGUGUUCUAUUCACAAAUGCAUUUGAACACUCGGACCCGUCAGUCGGUCCAACGCAUUUAUCGAUUACGUAAUGUCAAAUCGAGUUGCAAAUCUUUUUUCUAUGUACGAUUUUUAAUAAUUUAAUUAAUUGUUUAAUAGUUUAAUCAUGUUGUCAAUUUUCGUUUCAAAACGAUUUAUUUACGUACUUUCAAAGAAUUAUAAUAUGUUGUAAAUAUAGUUUUGCUCUAUUCAACACAAGGUAGUGACAAUCAUCGAAUGUUCUUAUUAUCAAGUUCUCAAGUAUUUGUAAGAUUAUUAUUGUAUUGGUCCAUAACACACACAUACGCACAUCGAUAGCAGUUGUUUAAUAUUAUUAUGAAAUAAAUGAAUAUAAUCUGUAUACCAUGUAACUUUAAAAAAUAUUAGAUGUUUUGUACGUUUUCUACGGUGGUGUAUUUAAUAUUACUAUAGUCAUAAUAAAAAAUCCCUAACAACUCAGAUCUGUUUGUCACAAGCGUCAUUGUUAAGCUUGAGAUCCUAUUAUAAUUCCAAAGGAUUAUAUUUAUUAAUAAAGGGUUCAUGAUAACUGGCGAGACGCCAGUGUACUAUUAAUUGGAAUACCCUCUGCCUAACUCUUUCGGAAAACAGGCGUGAUAUUGUGCUAUGUAUUUGCAUAAAUACUCGUAUAAUAAUAUAUUUUCAAAGAUUAUUGUAUUACGCGUAGUUUGUGAAACUAAAGUUAUUGAUAUUGUCGUUGAUAAGCAAUCAAAAAUAAGUAUUUAUUAUAUUGUGUACUUAAAUAUUGUGCCAAAUGUGUGUAUGUAGAACAUUCCACGAAUAUAAUUUCGGUUUUGCAUGUUUUCUCGUUCUUGCGCGUACAAAAAAAUUAAUAACGAUUUGAAAUAAUUGCUCUAAUGUAUGUAUAAUCGUGGCAAUGUCAUAAACAUUCCGAACAGUUUCAGUUGAUCAGAACAUUGUUACUUCUUUCCAAAAUGAUUGGUGUAAUAAUGAUUGUCAUAAAAAUAAAAAUAUUUUUUUCUCUGAUCUA